GGCCGGACCAUCAGUGCCACUCUCAUAUUCUGGUUUCAAAACCCUAGGUAUGGAGAGUUCAAUAUCUGCAGUUACCUAUAAAGGUUCAAUACCUGAAGCAAUUCUUGAAUCCAAAAAACAGAAGAAACUUUUUGUUGUUUACAUUUCAGGUGAAAAUGUGGAGUCCGCUGAAUUGGAAAAAUCCACUUGGGCUGAUUCUAAAGUGGUGGAGUCGCUCUCAAAGCACUGCAUUUUAUUGCAUAUCAAAGAAGGAAGCACUGAUGCCAUGAAUUUGUCUGCAAUAUACCCACAGAAAUCUGCUCCUUGUAUAACAGCCAUUGGCUACAAUGGGGUUCAACUUUGGCAGAGUGAAGGGUUUGUUAGUGCUGAAGUUUUGGCUUCUGGUUUAGAGAAGGCAAGGUCGAGCCUUCAUAUCCAGGAAACAACAGCAACUGUCCUGACUGCAGCACUUGCUUUGAAGAGAUCUGAACCACCUUCUUCUGGGUCGUCUGAUAUUGGUUCCACCGGGCAAGGAAGUUCUUCAGGUACGGUUGUCUCACUGCCUUUGGUGGACAGCCAUGCCCAACCUUCAGAGCUUGAAACACAGGCUGCUUCUGAGUUGAUAGAAGAAAAGGCGAGUCAUGAACAACCUACAGCUGAGGAAACAAUAACCAAUUUGGAUGACAAGACAUCUACAAAAUCUUUUAAUGUUCAGAAGUCGCAGACUAGUGGGGAUGAGCGGUCCACAUGUCCCCCUGACGAAGACAAUAAAUUACCCAGUUCAAUAACCAAAUCAGACCAUACCAUAGCUGAUCAUAUAUUUUCUGGUGCUGAAGAUGGUCUUCUUGCCCAAGAAAAGAUUAUUGGUAAUCAUUCAGGUGCUACUACUGAGAUAAAAGAAGCAGGAAGAGAUAAAAAGGCUGAAUCUACGGAUGGUUUGGGGCCUGGGACAUUAGAUGAUAAAAAAACAGUUACUGUAUUGAGUGAUGUUCAUUUAAAUAUCCGUCUGCCGGAUGGUGUUAGCUUACAGGAGAAGUUUUCUGUGACAAGCACUUUGAGAAUGGUCAAAGACUACGUGGACAGAAACCAAGCUGGUGGUAUUGGUGCAUAUGAUCUUGCCAUUCCUUAUCCUCGCAAGACAUUCAGUGAUCAAGAUUUGAGUAAAUCAUUAUCAGAGUUGGCUCUGCUUAAUAGACAAGCAUUGAUGGUGGUUCCUCAUCAGCGAGCCACAAGUUACCACAGAGGAGGUUCUUCCUCGGACAGAGCAACUACUACAACUAGCAGUGGUUCAGCAAAUGCAAAUGAUGGGGGAUAUUUUGCAUAUGUCAAAAGGGUUCUAUCUUAUGUCAAUCCUCUCUCCUACUUUGGUGGUAGUGCAAGCUCAUCAAGUUCUGGACAAGCUCAAUCUGGCAUAUGGGAAUAUAGUCCAAAUUCAACACCUCAGAAUAACAAUGCAAGAACAGACCGACCUUACUCCAGUUACUCCCCAAAUCAAAACGCUUCAGCAACUGGCAGAAAUGACAGCCAAGGCAGGCCAACGACAACAUCACGCAUUGGGAGCAACAUUCACACACUGAAACAUGAUGGUGAUGAUGGCCGAUUCAACGAUAGAAAUUCCUUCUGGAAUGGAAAUUCAACCGAGUAUGGUGGGAACAAUGAUGAUAAAUAGGGUCACUUUGGAAGUGCACGCACCUUGAUCUUGUGGUUGCAUCAGGAGCUUCAGUUCUUGUAUCGUUUUUCACAGUUCUUUACUUUGCAACAUGCGAGUACAUAUUACCAGCCUUAUCAUAUGACAAUUUGGUUUAUUUUCCUAUUCGCGAACAAUAAAUAAUUGUAAGAAAAUACGGUAUAUUAAUAAAAUAUAACCAAUGAUGUAA